CUUCCACACUACUGGCAGCGCGUGUGGAACACUUUGUGCGCACCGUCCCGUCCGACUAACCGGAGAACUAACCGACUAAACCCUCUUUUUUUUUUUUUUUUGUCUCCUAGUCGACUCCGGAUCCGCGACGCCGCUGACAGAAGUCAGUCCGGAGCGGAAAUUUAGUUUUUUAACGUCAGUUUCCCUUUUUUUCCCCCUCUCAUCUUGCAUCCUCUGCCUCUUAGCGCGGCGUGCGUUUCACGUGGAGUCCGGGGUUUCAUCACUCCUCUCACACAUCCUCCAGUUUCUGACUGCUUAGCAUUACGUGUCUCUGAGGAAAUAAUGACAAAGAUGGCAACUCUGAUCCUAGAGGACGGGACGACAUUCAGUGGCCUCCUUUUCGGAGCGAAUGUGUCCGUUUCUGGAGAAGUUGUGUUUCAGACGGGCAUGGUGGGAUAUCCCGAGGCUCUGACCGACCCAUCGUACCGCUGCCAGCUGCUGACGCUCACCUACCCUCUGGUGGGAAACUAUGGUGUGCCAAAGGAUGAAGACGGAGAGUUUGGACUGAGCAAGUGGUUUGAGUCUUCAAAGAUCCACGCUGCCGCUCUGAUUAUCGGAGAGCUGUCGGACGAUCCCAGUCACUGGAGUUCAGUCAAGUCGCUGGACCAGUGGCUCAAGGAGCAGGGGAUUCCCGGACUACAAGGCAUCGACACCCGCCACCUGACCAAAAAGAUCAGAGAGAAGGGCACCAUGCUGGGGAAGCUGGUGGUAGACGGGACCCCUGAGGACAGUGUCCCCUUUGACAACCCCGACAAGAGGAACCUGGUCCAGGAGGUCUCCACGAAGGAGCCCAAAGUUUUCAACCACGGCAGUCUGCGGAUCACAGUGUUGGACUGCGGCAUCAAAUACAACCAGAUCCGCUGCCUGGCUCAGAGGGGAGCCUGUGUGACCGUCGUUCCCUGGGACCAUCCACUGGACAGCAAAGAUUUCGAUGGUUUGUUUAUCAGCAACGGCCCCGGGGACCCUCAGUUCUGUCAGACCACCAUCAACAACGUGAGGAAGGUCGUCUGCGUGGAAAGUCCCAAGCCCGUGUUGGGAUUGCUCGGACAUCAGCUGCUGUCGUUAGUCAUCGGAUCGAACUACAAGAUGAAGUACGGUAACCGCGGCCACAAUCAGCCGUGCAUACAAGGAACAGACCGCUGCUACAUCAGUCAGAAUCACGGCUUCGCAGUCGACCCCGACACUCUUCCCAAAGACUGGGACGUCCUCUUCACCAACGCCAACGACCACACCAACGAGGGCAUCGUGCACAACACUAAACCUCUGUUCAGUGUUCAGUUCCACCCGGAGCACAUGGCCGGGCCCACAGACCUGGUCGGCCUGUUUGACGUCUUUCUGGACGCCGUGAAAGACCACAAGGAGGGAAAAGCCUCCAAAAGUGUGAAGCAGUGCCUGAUGGACCACCUCACCUACCCGGGCUCCCCGAAGCCUGAAGAGAUGAUCCGACCCAGGAAGGUCCUCAUCCUGGGCUCUGGAGGACUGUCCAUCGGCCAGGCGGGGGAGUUCGACUACUCCGGCUCUCAGGCUAUUAAGGCGCUCAAGGAAGAGAACAUCCAGACGGUCCUGAUCAACCCGAACAUCGCCACCGUGCAGACCUCCAAAGGUCUGGCCGACAAAGUCUACUUCCUGCCCCUCACGCCAGAGUACGUCACACAGGUGAUAAAGAACGAGCGUCCGGACGGCGUGCUGCUGACCUUCGGCGGCCAGACGGCUCUGAACUGCGGCGUGGAGCUGACCAAGCUGGGCGUCCUGGAGAAAUACAGCGUCAAAGUCCUGGGAACGCCCGUGGCCUCCAUCGAGAUGACCGAGGACCGGAAGAUCUUUGUGGAGAAAAUGGAGGAGAUCAAUGAACACGUCGCUCCGAGUGAAGCGGCGCUGUCCGUGGAGCAGGCCGUGGCAGCUGCAGAGCGUCUGGGUUACCCGGUUCUGGUCCGCUCGGCGUUCGCUCUCGGCGGUCUGGGCUCGGGCUUUGCCAACAGCAGAGAAGAGUUGACCUCGCUGGUGACGUCCGCCUUCGCCCACACCUCCCAGGUGCUGGUGGACAAAUCCCUGAAAGGCUGGAAGGAGAUCGAGUACGAGGUGGUCCGCGAUGCCUACGACAACUGUGUGACUGUGUGCAACAUGGAGAAUAUUGACCCUCUGGGCAUCCACACUGGAGAGUCCAUUGUGGUGGCGCCCAGUCAGACGCUUAACGACCACGAAUACAACAUGCUGAGGAACACGGCCAUCAAAGUCAUCAGGCACCUCGGCAUCGUGGGAGAGUGCAACAUCCAGUACGCCCUCAACCCAGAGUCUGAACAGUACUACAUCAUCGAGGUGAACGCUCGUCUGUCCAGGAGUUCAGCCCUGGCCAGUAAGGCAACGGGUUAUCCUCUGGCAUAUGUGGCGGCUAAACUCGGCCUGGGGAUCCCGCUCCCACAACUCAAGAACUCUGUUACAAACUCGACCACAGCUAACUUUGAGCCCAGCUUGGAUUACUGUGUGGUGAAGGUUCCUCGCUGGGAUCUCAGCAAGUUCCUCCGGGUUUCCACCAAGAUCGGCAGCUCCAUGAAGAGUGUCGGUGAGGUGAUGGCCAUCGGCCGGAGCUUCGAGGAGGCCUUCCAGAAAGCUCUGAGGAUGGUGGAUGAAAACUGUGUUGGCUUUGAUCACACCAUCAAGCCCGUCUCUGACAAUGAGUUGCAGACUCCGACGGAUAAGCGAAUCUUCGUCCUGGCGUCGGCGUUCAGAGCCGGCUACACGGUGGAUCAGCUGUACGAUCUCACCAAGAUCGACCGCUGGUUCCUGCACAAGAUGAAGAACAUCGCCGACCACGAGCGACUCCUGGAGACGUACAACCAGGAUGAGAGUGCGAUGCCUCCAGAGGUGAUGAGGAAGGCCAAGCAGCUCGGCUUCUCAGACAAGCAGAUAGCGCUCGCCGUGCAGAGCACAGAGCUCGUCGUGAGAAAGCUGCGUCACGAUUGGUCCAUCCUUCCCGUGAUGAAGCAGAUCGACACGGUGGCGGCUGAAUGGCCCGCCUUCACAAACUACCUCUACCUGACGUACCACGGCACGGAGGACGACCUGCCCUUCAACGAUCAGCACAUCAUGGUGAUCGGCUCGGGCGUGUAUCGCAUCGGCAGCAGCGUGGAGUUCGACUGGUGCGCUGUCGGGUGUAUCACGGAGCUCAGGAGGAUGGGGUACAAGACCAUCAUGGUGAACUACAACCCAGAGACGGUCAGCACCGACUACGACAUGUGUGACCGCCUCUACUUUGAUGAGAUCUCUUUUCAGGUGGUGAUGGAUAUCUAUGAGAGAGAAAACCCCGACGGCGUCAUCCUCUCUAUGGGAGGUCAGCUGCCCAACAACAUCGCCAUGUCGCUGCAUCGUCAGCAGUGCCGCAUCCUCGGCACCUCCCCGGAGUUCAUCGACUCUGCGGAGAACAGGUUCAAGUUCUCCCGGAUGCUCGACACCAUCGGGAUCAGCCAGCCGCAGUGGAAGGAGCUCUCGGACACGGAGUCUGCUGUGAAGUUCUGUGAGACGGUGGGUUACCCCUGCCUGGUUCGUCCCUCUUAUGUUCUCAGCGGAGCGGCCAUGAACGUGGCCUACAGCGACAGCGAUCUGGAGAAGUACCUGACCAGCGCUGUCGCCGUGUCCAAAGAAUAUCCUGUCGUCAUCUCUAAGUUUAUACAGGAGGCCAAGGAGAUAGACGUGGACGCCGUCGCCUGUGACGGGAUGGUGUUGGCCAUCGCCGUGUCCGAGCACGUGGAGAACGCCGGCGUUCACUCGGGCGACGCGACGCUGGUCACACCGCCGCAGGAUCUCAACCAGAAGACGAUGGAGAGGAUAAAGAUGAUCGUCCACGCCAUCGGUCAGGAGCUGCAGGUCACCGGACCGUUUAACCUGCAGCUGAUCGCUAAGGAUGACCAGCUGAAGGUGAUCGAGUGCAACGUCCGAGUCUCCCGCUCCUUCCCCUUCGUGUCAAAGACUCUGGGCGUGGACCUGGUUUCCCUGGCAACUCAGGUCAUCGUAGGCGAGGAGGUGGAGCCUCUGGGCCUAAUGAGAGGGAAAGGGAUUGUCGGCGUCAAGGUUCCUCAGUUCUCCUUCUCUCGGCUGGCCGGAGCCGACGUGGUGCUCGGGGUGGAGAUGACCAGCACGGGGGAGGUGGCCUGUUUUGGGGAGAACAGAUACGAGGCGUACCUCAAGGCGAUGCUCUCCACGGGCUUCAAGAUCCCCCAGAAGAACAUCCUGCUCUCCAUCGGCAGCUAUAAGAACAAGAGCGAGCUGCUCCCCACUGUGCAGACUCUGGAGUCUCUGGGUUAUGAUCUCUACGCCAGUCUGGGUACUGCAGACUUCUACACCGAGCACGGAGUCAAGGUGACGGCGGUGGAUUGGCCGUUUGAGGAGGAAGACAGCGACGGUCCCACAAAAGAGAAGCAGCGCAGCAUCAUGAACUACCUGGAGGAAAACCACUUCGACCUGGUCAUCAACCUCUCCAUGAGGAACAGCGGCGGUCGCAGACUCUCCUCCUUCGUCACCAAAGGCUACCGCACGAGGCGCAUGGCCAUCGACUACUCGGUGCCACUCAUCAUCGACAUCAAGUGCACCAAGCUCUUUGUGCAGGCUCUUCAUCAGAUUGGUCGGAAACCUCCAGUGAAGACUCACAUCGACAGCAUGACGUCUCAGACGCUGGUCCGUCUGCCCGGACUGAUCGACGUGCAUGUCCACCUGCGGGAGCCUGGAGCCACACACAAGGAGGACUUCUCCUCGGGUACGGCGGCUGCUCUGGCAGGAGGAGUGACCAUGGUGUGUGCCAUGCCCAACACUUCCCCCGCUAUCACCGACCCCAGCACCCUGGCUCUUGUACAGAAGCUGGCCAAAGAAGGCUGCCGGUGCGACUACGCCCUGUAUGUGGGUGCAGCUUCAGACAACGCCGCCAUCCUGCCGUCCAUCGCUAACCAGGCUGCUGGUCUGAAGAUGUACCUGAACGACACGUACUCCACCCUGAAGAUGGACAACGUCUCCCUCUGGAUGGAGCACUUUGAGAAGUGGCCCAAACAGAUGCCGAUCGUCGCUCACGCUGAGAAGCAGACGGUCGCAGCGAUCCUGAUGGUGGCUCAGCUCUACCAGCGGCCGGUCCACAUCUGCCACGUGGCCAAGAAGGAGGAGAUCCUGAUUAUUCGGGCGGCGAAGCAGAAGGGCAUCCAGGUCACAUGUGAGGUGGCGCCUCAUCACCUCUUCCUCUGUGAGGACAACGUGCCCGAUAUCGGCGAUGGACGAGCGCAGGUCCGACCCAUGCUGGGAGCACGCGAGGACAUGGAGGCUCUGUGGGAAAACCUGGACAUCAUCGACUGCUUUGCCACAGAUCACGCUCCUCACUCCGUCGAGGAGAAGAACAGCGAGCGUCCUCCUCCUGGUUACCCCGGCCUGGAGACGAUGCUGCCGCUGCUGCUGACCGCCGUCAGCGACGGGCGCCUAACUCUGGAUGACAUCAUCAGACGUCUCUAUGACAACCCACGCAGGAUCUUUAACCUGCCCGCCCAGGACAACACCUAUGUGGAGGUUGACCUCGAGCAGGAGUGGGUGAUUCCUCAGGCGAUGCAGUUCACUAAGUCCAAGUGGACUCCUUUCCAGGGUCUGAAGGUGAAGGGUAAAGUCCGCCGUGUGGUCCUGCGAGGAGAGGUGGCUUACAUCGACGGCCAGGUGUUGGUACCUCCAGGUUACGGUGAAGACGUGAAAACUUGGCCCACAGCUUCGGUCCAUCCUGCUGAAGCGGUGAAAGAAUGUCCAGUGACUCCAGAGCACCCACGUCCCACUCCUCCACGGGAAGGCCCGGUCCGGACACGAGCACCCAGCCCCCGACGAUCAGCAAGAGAGAGCUGCUACCUGCUGCCCCCUCGCAUCCACCGCUCCUCUGACCCGGGCCUACCCCCAGAGAUGGUUAUGUUCCCACCGUCUGGUGCAGGUGAAGGUUACAGCCACCCUCCUCCUCUGUCCAGGCUGCUCUCCCCUCAGGCUGGACCAGGGCAGACUCCUGCCGGACAGGCGUCCCACUUUCAGACCUCGCCUCUGCUGCACCUUCUGGUGGGACAGCACAUCCUGUCGGUCAGACAGUUCAGCAAAGAACAGAUGUCUCACCUUUUCAACGUCGCCCACACUCUACGUCUGAUGGUUCAGAAGGAGCGAAGCCUGGACAUCCUGAAGGGUAAAAUCAUGGCGUCCAUGUUCUACGAGGUCAGCACGCGCACCAGCAGCUCCUUCGUGGCGGCCAUGCAGCGUCUGGGCGGCUCCGUCGUCCACUUCAGCGAGUCCACCUCGUCCACACAGAAAGGAGAGUCUCUGGCCGACUCCGUCCAGACCAUGAGCUGCUACGCCGACGUCCUCGUCCUCCGACAUCCAACUCCUGGAGCCGUGGAGAGUGCAUCUCGUCACUGCCGUAAACCGGUGAUUAACGCUGGAGACGGCGUGGGGGAGCAUCCGACCCAGGCUCUGCUGGACGUCUUCACCAUCAGGGAGGAGCUGGGGACGGUCAACGGCAUGACGAUAACUAUGGUCGGGGAUCUGAAGCACGGCCGCACGGUUCAUUCCCUCGCAAAACUGCUGACUCAGUACCGCAUCACACUGCGCUACGUGGCUCCCAAGAACCUCCACAUGCCGGCAGAGAUCAUCAGCUACGUGGCCUCAAAGGGCAUCAAGCAGGAGGAGUUUGACAGCAUCGAGGAAGCUCUGCCUGAGACGGACGUCCUCUACAUGACGAGGAUCCAGAAGGAGAGGUUUGCCUCUGAGGAGGAGUACGAUGCUUGUUUCGGCCAGUUCAUCCUCACCCCUCACAUCAUGACUGUGGCCAAAAAGAAGAUGGUGGUGAUGCAUCCGCUGCCCAGAGUCAAUGAAAUCAGUGCGGAGGUGGACACCGACCCCCGGGCUGCAUAUUUCCGUCAGGCAGAGAACGGCAUGUACAUCCGAAUGGCCCUGCUGGCCACCGUACUGGGCAGAUAGAUCUGUGUGCUGUGGGUUGGUCGCUCAAAUAUAAACACACCUUUGGAGUAAUAAAUGUUAGAUACCAGCAUUUUACCUUCCUGGAAUCAGUGGAUUUCCUUUUUCCUCUCCUUUAAAAAAAAAAGGGAUGUUAGUAAAGUUGGGAGAAUAUAACUGAGUCAUAAAGUUAUAUCAUGAUGCUGCUUCUCCUCAUGCUAACUCACCGAUCCUUGUUGUUUCACAUGUAUGUCCUAUCAAAGAGAUUUAAGAGUCUAUGAACAGUUUCUAGAAACACUGUAUUAACCUGGUUUACGAUGAUGUGUGAGAUUUUAAGCUCGUCUGUGAUGGGAAACAAACCUGUCAGUGUGAGCCAAUGGGUGAAUGAGAAAAGGGAGAUGGGUAUUAAGAUGAUAUCAUCGAGAUGAUGGCACUGACGGUACUUUAAUGUGUAAUUCAUGAAAUCUUUGGGAUGACGUGUGUAGCCAGUGUGCACUCAGUCUGUGCAGAGUCUCCUCAUCUACCCAGCUGCAGGUACAUUUAAAGGGACCAUUUGGGAUACUAAAAGGAAAAAUCAACACUCAGCUUUAUAUGAGAGUAAUUGUUUCAUCUACUGUGAGAAAUAAACCCUAUUCUGUAACGUUUUUUUAACAUGUAGCAUUAACUCAGAGUGAACACGCACAACUGUUACUGUCGGUGAUUUCUUUGUACUACUGUUGCCGUUAAGAAUCAGACUUUUUUUUUUUUGUCAUUUAAAUGUUGGUGAGUUACUUUCUAUAAUGUGGAGAAAUAAAUAAUAAAAACAGUUUUCCUUUUGCA